AUGAAAAGAUACCUCCUAGAACAAGGACUUCUCCCCGGAAGCGACUUCAAGAAGGCUAUAAAAAUCGAGAAGGUGCACACUAUGAACGCUCUCCUCCGCAAGGUCCAAGCCUUCAUCGCUUUCGAGGAAGGCGAAGCAGCUGCGAUCAAAGCUUUGAGGGGCAAUGAUGUUGCCCGCAGCUCGAACCUCGAUGACUCGGGUUUGCGUCGAGGACAUGAAAAGAGGAAAGAUGAUAGAUCCCGCGAUUCCAAAGAACGCCGAGGACCAGCCGGUCGAUUCAACGACUAUACUCCCCUGAACGCCUCACGCGAGAAAAUCCUGGCCGAGUGCAAAAGCACCGAAUUCAAGAACUCUAGCAUCUGGCCCCCGAAGUCGAACCCCACCAGACCGGGGACCGACAAAUCUAAAUACUGCAAAUUCCACAAGAGUUAUGGGCAUCUAACUGACGAAUGCAUACAUCUCAAAGACGCCAUCAAGACUCUGAUUAAAGAGGGUCGCCUAUCAAAAUACACGAAGAAGGGAGAACCUCCCCGAAGAGAAGCCCCUCGGAACUCUGACGAGGGAAACUCGCCAGAUAGUAGACCACUACAAGUAGCGCUGUCUGUCACCCGACCAGAAGACUUCAUUCCUUCAGUCGGAGUGACAACCGCCUUCAGCACGUGGGAAGGGUUCCCGACCGCGAUGGUCAUAUCCAACGGCGUGGACCCCGGUUCCCUCACCGUCAGCUCGGUGAAGAGAAAGUUCGAUGAGUUGAUCAGCGCCAACUCGGAUCUCGGCCCUACCCUACAUAAAUUUAAAGGGAAAUCAGACCCGAUCACUUUCUAUUUGGAAGAACUGCCCGGCGGAGCUCCGAACGCCACGAUCCCCCUACUCGUCCGGGCAAGGAUGGCGAACUUUGACGUCCGACGAGUCCUAGUUGACGAGGGGAGCUCAGUUGACAUCAUGUACUCCCACCUUUUCUAG